UCUGACGCAAAAUCUAUCUCUGCUGAAGAGAUCACCGAGCCACCGACUGGGAAAGAGCUCAUAGGCAGAGGAGCUUGCGCUGAAGUUUACAAAGUCGUUUUCGAAGGAGAGUUUGUGGCUUUGAAACGAUUACGAGGAGAACCCAAGCCUUCAGAUAUCGAAGCGCUCAAGCGAGAAGCAGUGAUGAUUAAUAGAUUCCGACAUCCAAAUAUUGUCAAUCUGCUCGGUGUGUGCUUGGAGCAACCUCGUAUCGGUUUGGUGUUGGAACUUUGCGAAGGGCAAAAAGCAACAACCAACUUUGGAAUGCGUGGAGUGCAGCACGAAUUUAUCACAUCAGUCGCAAAAUCAUCUGUAAUAAAAAUAGUUUGGGUUCUUCGAUUUUGCGGUGGUAAUGGCUGA